UAUGAAAGAAAUAAUGAUUAAAUUAUUUUUUGGUGGGUUGAGAUUUCCCUGAAGUGGAAAGGGGCAAAAUGAUGGCUUGUUUGACAAGGCAUUCAUUCAUCCAAACGAAUAAAAUGAACUGAAAUUUUUUGUAAUGCCCGUUGGGUCGAGGAGAACAUUCAGUCAUAUUGGAGGAGGAGAUCUUCAUAAUAAUCAUGAUUCUUCCUCUGGCGAAAUUGGGAGCAUUAUUGAUCAAAACUCUAAGCAAGCCCAUUGCCUCCAGGCUUAAAGUACAGGCCGCUCGCCACCCACGCUUUCGCUCUCUCAUUAUCAAUGUGGCUCAGACAAAUCAUAAAUUUUCCACAAACUUGCAAAGGCGAAUUUAUGGACAUUCCACUGAUGUGGCAGUUCACCCCUUGAAUGAGGAGAAAGCUGUACAGGCUGCCACAGAUCUUCUUGGAGAACUUUUUAUCUUUUCGGUUGGGGGUGUUGCUGUAAUAUUUGAAGUACAGAGGAGUGUCAGAUCAGAAGCUCGCAAGGAAGAAGCUCGCAGGCAAGAACUAGAAGCAUUGAGGCAAAGAGAUGAUGAUUUAGCACGUGAAUUGGUGCUUUUGAAACAAAGAUUUGAUGAGAUAGAACAGUAUGCCAGGGCCCGUGGUAUUGCAGGUAUCUUUACCCUUCGGAACUCUGUGGGAACUGAAGAGAAAAAGCAAACUCAAUCAGCACCCACAUAAUCGAUCUCUUCUUCUACAUGUGAAGGGAUUUGCAAAGAUCCUCAGUAUUUUAUCAUAUAUUUUUUUUUCUUACCAGCCACAUUGAUCCUAGUGGCAUCACAAACAUUGCUAAUCUUGACCAUAUGCAAUUUGUUUUUAUCAGCGAGAAUCGAAAUUUUGACUAUUCAGGUUU